AUGGACUUCCUUUUUGGUCGUAGAAAGACACCGGCAGAGCUGCUCCGUCAAAAUCAGCGAGCGCUCAACAAAGCCAUACGAGAACUGGAUCGGGAGAAGUCGCGAAUGGAGAUGCAAGAGAAGAAAGUGAUUGCAGAGAUCAAAAAAAUGGCCAAACAGAAUCAGAUGGAUUCCGUUAAAGUUAUGGCAAAGGACCUUGUUAGAACACGCCGCUAUAUUAAGAAGUUCAUAAUAAUGAAGGCUAAUAUACAAGCAGUCUCUCUCAAAGUUCAAACAUUGAAAAGUCAGGAUGCUAUGGCUCAGGCUAUGAAAGGAGUCACCCGCGCGAUGCAGUCUAUGAAUCGACAACUGAAUCUUCCUCAAAUUCAGAAAAUCAUGAUGGAGUUUGAAAAGCAAAGUGAAAUUAUGGACAUGAAAGAAGAGAUCAUGGGUGAUGCUAUUGAUGACGCUCUUGGUGACGAGACCGAUGAUGUAGAAAGUGAACAGAUUGUUAAUCAGGUUCUGGACGAGUUAGGAAUCCAGAUGGGUCAAGAGAUGGCAGGGUUACCAACAGCCGGUGGACAGAUUGGCGUAUCUGCGGGUGAGAAGACGAGGCAACCUGUCGCCGCUGGUGGCGCAGACAUUGACGACGACUUACAAGCCCGGCUGGAUCAGCUGAGAAGAGAGUAG